AUGUCGAAGUUCGUCUUUGCCAACUCCUCCGACCCAGUCCCUGGCGAUGGAGUCCUUCCCGCCCAAUUCACGAUAAGGACCUCCCCUUCGACGGACGUGUGGUCGAAACCCCCGUCCACCGAGCGCUUCAAUGCUCCGAUUCUGUACCGUUCUAUUCCGCUGAAGUCCUUCAAGCGGGCCCGCGUCGCCUUCAAUGCCUUGUGGGAGCACCAAUACGACCAAGGCGGAAUCAUCCUCGUGCUGAACACCGCUGAUGGUACCCGCAAGUGGGUGAAGACGGGCAUCGAGCUCACGCACGGCAAGCCCCAUCUCAGCACGGUGGUCAAGGACCGGUACGCGGACUGGAGUCUACAACCUGUGCCCUCCGGCGGAGGCGCCGCCACGCUGGAAAUUGUCCGCGAGUCCAACGACGCUCUCUGGAUUUAUCUGGUCGAGGGGGUGCAGAAGAACCCUCUUCGGGAGGUGACUUGGGUCUUUGCGGAAGAGAACGUGCAGGACUGCUGGGUUGGCCUGUAUGCGGCGAAGCCUUCGAAGGAGGGAGGCGAUCUGGUGGUGAACUUCGGUCAUCUGAUCGUUGACCUGGUUUGA